AGCCUAAAAAGCUCUUACGUUCGCAGGAUCCAGCAGCUGAGAAUGGAGAGGUACGGUGUUGAGGAAGCUGAGGGCUGCAAGACGCCAAAGCACCGAGAAUGCCAGAUUCCGGUGGCGUCAGAGUGUCCGCCUCCUCCAAGGAAGAAAUCGUACGGUGGAAAGAAGCAGGAUCCGCCCAAGAACGGCUAUUUCCAGCCACCUGAUCUCGAUGCUCUGUUCGCCCUGCCGCCUAGAGGUCAAGCUUGUGCUUAAUUAAUAAUUUAGACUCUGAAGCCGUCCCUCUGUUUCCGUUCUUGAUAUUUGGUUCCAAGUAGGUAUUAAGUUUUUUGAUGUACAUAUAUGAUCAGAGUAAUAUUUCCACGAAGAUUCCACUAAAUCUGUGAAAUUAAAAAUGAUUUCCUGUU